AUGCAACCCAUCAUCCCCCAAUCACCCUCGUUUCACUCUGUCUCUGAAGAGAUGGAAGAAGAUGAAUCAACUGGUAUUGGUUUAUCGGACUCAAGUCUCAACUACGCGGUGCGCAGGAUGUUUGAGGUUAUGAAAAAGCUACACAACACAGGUGUGCAGAUAGAUAUCGAUCUCCCACAAAUUGCAGUCAUCGGAAAUCAAAGUGCCGGAAAAUCGUCUCUCAUCGAAGCUGUCUCUGGAAUAACCCUUCCACGCGCGUCGGGUACAUGCACGCGCUGCCCUACCGAGUGCCACCUCACUCGAACAGACGAGAAGUGGCAAUGUGUCGUAUCUUUAAGACUAACUACAGACGUCAACGGCAAUCCAUUGGGCCAAGCAAAGAACGUCCGGUUUGGUGAUGUUAUUUACGACAAAUCCGAGGUUGAGGAUCGUAUUCGCCGCGCGCAGCGCGCCAUCUUGAACCCAAACAUAAACAGUGAAAAAUUCCUCCUUGAUGACGAUCCCACAGUAAAAGGGUUGCUUCAUAAUCAACUGUCUUUCUCUCUUAAUUGUAUCACGCUCUCAAUCAGUGGACCUGAUGUUGCGGACCUUUCAUUUUGCGAUCUGCCAGGUUUAAUCGCAAGUGUUGGCAAUGGCGGCAAUGUCGCCUCGAUUGCUCUCGUCAACAAGAUGGUGGAGACUUACAUCGAGAAACCAAGCUGUAUCAUUCUUUUAACUGUAGCAUGCGAAACCGACUUCGAAAACCAAGGAGCCCAUAGUUUGGCCAAAAAACAUGACCCAGAAGGAAAACGCACUAUUGGUGUUCUUACCAAGCCGGAUCGCAUACCCCAGGGAGAAGAAUCCUCAUGGAUCCCAUUUAUUCGCGAUGAGAAGGAGCCACUGGAGAACAACUGGUUCUGCGUCAAACUUCCUUCUUCUCAUGAGCUCCGCAUGGAACUAUCGUGGGCGGAGACCAGGCGUUUGGAGGAAGAUUUUUUCGUCAAGAAAUCUUCUCCUUGGGCUGAGGUCGAAGAACCAUAUCGCAAAUAUCUCGGAACCACCAAUUUGGUGGAGAGGUUGAGCACUGUGCUUUCGGAUCUCAUUUCAACGCGAGUUCCUCAAAUUCAAGAUGAACUCGAACGAUCUAUCGCGAACACCCGCGAACAGAUCUCUCGUCUCCCACCUCCACCCUCCGCUGAUCCUCGUUCGGAGAUUCUAAAUCUCCUUCACACAUUUGUGCAGAAUGUAACCCAGCAUGUCAAAGGUGUCCCCGAAUUGGCUGGCUCGAAUUCGUUGACUGGCCUUAUUCAGUCAAUCCGACCAGAACAACACAAGUUCAAAAGAAGCAUCCGGGGGACCGCUCCUGAAUUCUGGCCUUUUGAGAAAGGCACCACCAACCCUGGCAGACUGCUCCAUGCACAUUUCCUUCUUUCCGAAGAAGGGGAUGAGUUUAUGGAACCAUCUUUCGCGAGAAACAGUUUGCCUACGAAAAUAUACAUUGAUGAGGUGUCUGCUCAGAUACCAAAGGCAAUCACCAGAGAGUUACCUGGUCAUGUUCCUUACAACAUCAUUGAAGAAUACAUUCGCACUUUUAUCAAGCAGUGGGAUGUACCAUCGGAAGCUCUGAUCAAGGCCGUUCAUGAUAUCAUCGUGAAACACCUGAAGCAGAUGGUCCAUGAUCAUUUCUGGCAGUUUGGCCAUGGGAAACUGGAGCAGCAAGUGCGGGCUAUUGUUCAGGGGCAUAUAAGUGCUUGCCUUGCAAGGGCUGAGGCUGGUGUCAAAUACCAGUGGAGGCUUGAGCAAAAUUGCCCCUUUACCCUGAGUCCCCACCACCUGACUGAUUAUAAGAAGAAAUUUCUUGCACUUUACCAAUCUGCCCAUGAAGAACAACGCAAGGCAAAGAAAGACGGUCCUUCGGUGACAUCACCUCCGCACCCCUUCACAACCCCUAAUUCCUUUGCCUUCAAUAAUACAAAUGUCAAACAAGAUACUUGGACAAAGUCGGCGACCGGGACUACCUCGGCGGCCCCAGGAUUCACUCCUGCCACACCUACAUUUUCUUCUGCUCCAACCUCCGGCAACUUCAAACCUACUGGCGAAAAACUUGCUUUCAACUUUCCACCUAAUGCGUCUGGUUUCUCUACCUCGUCGUCGUCGUCUACUCCUGUUCAGGAUAAUUCAACAACAGGAAAUGACCCUUCUUCUGAUCCUAUGGAACCUGCUCUUGUCAUUAUGGCCAACGUUCGGGCCUAUUUCCAAGUUGCAUACAAACGCUUUAUCGACAACGUUUCUUCUGCCAUAGACUUGGAGCUCGUAACUGGUCUCGCGGAAGACCUUUGGCCUACUCUCGUCUCGCAACUUUGCAUCAAUGGUCCCAAUGGCGAUAAAAUUUGUAAAGAAUUUGCACAAGAAAGCCCGAAGAUCGCCAAUCGUCGACUCGAACUCACGAAGAAACUAGAGCGGCUUGAGGCGGGCCACAACGAGUUAUUCGCUGCAUUUGUGUGA